AUGCAACAGAUUUCACCAAUUCACUUCCAAACCACUCGAGUCUUACCCGAAUACGAUAUCUUUAUUCACACUUCCGAUGGCACUCGCAUUCCCGCACACACUAGCGUUCUGGCAUCAGUGUCGCCGGUUCUCGAGAACAUUAUAGAUCAACCGCCUAAACACCGAAGCUCCGAAAGAAUAAUUCAAAUCCACGGCGUCCCUUCCACCGCCGCCACCGCAUUCAUCGGCUUCCUCUACUCAUCCAGAUGUACCGAGGAAGAAAUGGACAAAUACGGAAUCCACUUGCUAGCACUAUCUCAUGUCUACAACGUGCCGCAACUGAAACAGAUAUGCAUCAAAGGCCUAUCUCAACGGCUAACCGUAGAGAACGUCGUCGAUGUACUCCAACUCGCGAGGCUCUGCGACGCACCGGAUCUCCGCCUCCGAUGUAUGAAGCUUCUCACCAAUCACUUCAACACCGUUCAAAAAACCGAAGGGUGGAAGUUUCUGAUAAAACACGAUCCAUGGCUUGAACUCGAUAUCCUUCAGUUUAUGGACGAAAGCGAAACGAGGAAGGAGAAAUUGAGGAGGCGUAGGGAGGAGUUUGGGUUGUAUGCGGAGCUAAGCGAGGCGAUGGAGUGUUUGGAGCAUAUAUGUACGGAGGGAUGCAUCGAUGUUGGGCCAUACCAUGUGGAGGUUGACAGAGAGAAGAAACCGUGUAAGAGAUUCUCGACGUGUCAGGGUCUUCAGCUUCUGAUUCGUCAUUUUGCUACGUGCAAAAAGAGGGUGAAGGGAGGGUGCUGGAGAUGCAAGCGAAUGUGGCAGCUGUUUAGAUUGCAUUCAUAUGUUUGUCAACAGAAUGAUUCCUGCAACGUUCCUCUUUGCAGGCAAUUUCAAUUGAGAAUGGAGCAAGAGAAACGGAAAGAUGAUCCCAAGUGGAAACUACUAGCAAAAAAAGUGGUCUCAGCCAAAGUGAUGUUUUCUUUGUCUCUACCUAAGAGGAAAAGAGAUGAAGAAGUGAGAGUGACCAUUGACAAUAGAGGAAUCAGACAAUUUGGUUAUAAUGAAUAUUGUAACAAUAGAUGUGUUUCCUGUUGA